AGCAGUCAGCUCUGCAGGCGCGGGGACAGCAGCUGGCCAAGGUCCCUGCGCUCAGGGACCAGACUGCCGCGGGCACUGGGCAGGGCACCGAGGAGCUGGGUGACGUUGGUGAAGAUUCUCGUGGAGCAGGGGCGGCUGCAGCUGAGACCUCCCGUGCCCAUCCGUCUAAGCUGGCCCUGUCCUGUGAGGGAGCCAGAGAGCCCUCGCCGCAUCCAGCCAGCAGGGACCCAGACAUGGAGCUGCGGGAAGAGGCCUGGUCUCCGGGGCCGCUGGACUCUGAGGACCAGCAGAUGGCCAGUCACGAGAACCCAGUGGACAUCCUCAUCAUGGAUGAUGACGACGUCCCCAGCUGGCCGCCCACCAAGCUGUCCCCGCCUCCCACGGCGCCCCCCGCCGGCCCCCCACCCCGGCCGCGGCCGCCAGCGCCCUACAUCUGCAACGAGUGUGGCAAGAGCUUCAGCCACUGGUCGAAGCUGACGCGCCACCAGCGCACGCACACGGGCGAGCGGCCGAACGCGUGCACCGACUGCGGCAAGACCUUCUCGCAGAGCUCGCACCUGGUGCAGCACCGCCGCAUCCACACGGGCGAGAAGCCCUACGCCUGCUCCGAGUGCGGCAAGCGCUUCAGCUGGAGCUCCAACCUCAUGCAGCACCAGCGCAUCCACACGGGCGAGAAGCCCUACGCCUGCCCCGACUGCGGCCGGAGCUUCACGCAGAGCAAGAGCCUGGCCAAGCACCGGCGCUCGCACAGCGGCCUCAAGCCCUUCGUGUGCCCUCGCUGCGGCCGCGGCUUCAGCCAGCCCAAGAGCCUGGCGCGCCACCUGCGGCUGGUUGGCCUCCCGGAGCGGCGCUGCGCCAGGGCCGAGGAGCGGGGCGGGUCUGGGGACGCGGCCGGGGACGCCGCCCCGCACUGCUGCCCGGAGCGGUCCGAGGCGCCUGUGACACCGCCGCGGCGGCUGUCGCCUCUUCCUCUGCCUCCUCGUCUUGGCGCUGCCCGCUCCUCGGCUCCAAACGGCCUCUCCCCCUUUUCCAGAUGCCAGCCCACGGCACACCGGGCAGACACGCGUUUCCACCCUGCAGCAUGCCCAUGCCUCUGCCCGCUCCCGGGCGGUGCAGCUCCCGAGUCACGGGGCAGAAGUUCGCGCCGCGCAGAGCACAGGUCUCCUUCCCCGCUGCUGCUGCUGCUGCUGUGGGCCGACAAGGCCCGGGGCAGAGCUCCUUCGUGCCAGCAUGUCCUUGCUGUGGACCAAGCUAAUCUCACUGACAAAACACAUGCCCGGGACUUACAGUCUGUGGUCACCCCAGAGCGCCUGCUCUGCGCUGACUCCCCGCCCCUGGGCUCAGCCUUGAGGGGACACCGGCGUCUGCUGAGGGUGGACUUUAUCAGCUUCAGGAUUCGGAAACUUGCCAGCAUGGUGACUCACGCCUGCUCAGGGCCCCUGACUCAGCAGCAAACCCGCUGCACCGGCUCCCUGCCGGACCCUCGGGUGAGCGCUGCGGCCGAGCCUCACCUUCAGGGCCGGGUCAGCAAGUAG